AAGUAACUGUUUUCAUGUGUUCGUGUCACUUGUCGAAAAGUUCGGUCUCUGUCUAAUUUCUUCUACGUUUUGAAAAUACCAUCUCUUUUGACUGCUUUGUCGUAUGGGUUUUCUAAUCUUACGACUAGUGAUGGGUUGAGUAUGCUGUUGCAUAAAUGGGUAGUAUUGUCAUUGGGUUUGAUUGUUAUAUCAGUAAUAGUAGUGGGUUGAGUAGGUCAUCUUUUAGCCCACUGCAGUUGUAGAGAGGCGAAGGGGUAUGUGUAUCGUGAAACAUUUUUAAUUCUGGUGGUGCGUUAUAGGUAGUGCAUGCUAUUACGUCUUUACUUUCUCUGUGAAACUUGUGCAUGUUAUGUAUGCCCACUUCCAAAUGCACUGCUGAUUCUUGUUUAAAUCAGUCCUUAACAAAUGAAUAGUCAGUGGCUUUUUACAUUGCACCCAUUUCAAAAUUCAGGAUCUCCUUGAUGUGGGUUAUGAAAUAUUGUUUGAGAAAGAAUUAUGGAUUAAAUACGAUCGUUUUUAGGCUGCCCUGAGUUCAGAUAUUGGCUUAGACACUUUCCUGAUAGGUUUUAGUAUCUUUUUUUCAGUCCAUGCAGGCAAAUGCUGGGAAAACAGUAGUAUUAACACAUUUUCAUAUUCAUUAGUCACUCUUCACAUUUGUUUAAUGAUGUGCAUCCUGAGUUUUAUAUAAUAAAUAUAAUCAGACAUUUGGUUGAUGUAUAAAAUCAUGCAUACAAACAACUGUUUACACUGGACAGUAUGCAAGGUUUUAAGAUUUGGCUGCUGUUUACCAUUCAUAGUCAGGAUGAUCUUAACAGUGAUCUGCAAACUGUGAUUGCCGUUGUUUAUCUAGUGUUAAAUAUCUGUUCAGUAUGCCUGUUGCAGUGAGCAUUCAUGUAGAAUACAGAUUUGCAGAUUCUGAUUAUUUUUUGCACACGUAAGUGCUAAAGGUAGUUAUGCUACUCAUAAUAUUGAACUUUCAUUGUAAAAGAAAAUGCUAAAAGAAUUUCAAACAUUGUGUAAUACCAGUGAGUGAGAUUUGUGAAAGGAAACUACAUCUGCACUAAUUUUGAUGCAGUUGACUUGGCUUCAACCACCUCCAGAGUGUUUGUGUUAGUGUACUAAUCAUGAAUUACAGUGAGUCAUCUGGACCUUACCUAUUGCUGUAUAUUUUGAACUUUCAAGAAUUAAAUUAGCUUUCAUAUCUUGGAGGACAGGAGGAUUUCAAAAGUAGUAAAAGUAGGGCACCUCCACCAGAGACCUGAAUGUGGGGUACGACUGUCGUGCUAAUUAAGAUUUGAUAUUAUCUGCCAUUUUGUUUCUGUACUAUCAUUGGGCAUAAAUGUGAAAUUUGGGAUGAGAACUAUGUGUUUGCUUGCUGAGGGUAAGAUAACUUGAAAUGCUGAUAAAGAAAGUUUUAUUAAACAUCGUAUGGUUGGUAGAAAAUAAUCCUGGCAAAUGGCUAGGAAACCAUUGUUGAUUGUUGAACUUGAAAUGUUUCCAAAGAUUGUGAAGUGGAAAGGCUACUUCAGCCUUUGAAUGCGAUGUGUGUGGUAAAUAAAGUGAAGUGUAUAAGAAGUAGAACUGAAUUUUGUUCCAUUGAUUUAGCAAUGUAAUAAUCACGUUUGUACAGCAAAAGUGUUUAUGAUUAAAUAAAGCAGUGACCCAUUGUUCAAGUAGUAAUAAAUAGACAGUUGUAAAAGAGAGACCUCUAAUUAUUUAUUUGUUAAUCUGAAAAAUGUUUUGGCUUUUUACACAGGUGGAGACAGUAAUAAGGUCGACAGGAUGGGUGGACGGCCAGUACAGAUAGUUGUUAAUAGAAACGGUUCUUUUGAACUGGAUGAAAAAGUGUUGGAAAACAUUCUUCUACAGGACCAUAUCAAAGACAAAAAUGUAGUGGUUGUCUCAGUAGCUGGUGCCUUCGGGAGGGGAAAGUCAUUCCUCCUCAACUUUCUUCUCCGAUAUUUGGAGGCAAAGGGAAGGCAAGAUUGGAUGGGCAACGAAGAUGAACCUCUUCAAGGAUUCUCUUGGGAAGUUGGUUCUGAAAGACACACCACUGGUAUUCUCAUUUGGUCCGAAGUUUUUGUUGUUGAUUUACCAAAUCGAGAACAGGUUGCUGUUAUUCUUAUGGACACUCAAGGAGCCUUCAGCAAGGAAAGUUCAAUGCAGGAAUGUACCAUAGUGUUCGCAUUGAGCACAUUGUUAAGUUCCGUCCAGAUUUACAAUCUCAUGAACAACAUACAAGAGAAUCAUUUGCAGUACCUUGAGCUUUUCGCUGAUUAUGGUAAGAAGAUGGUAGAAGAUUCUAACGAGAAACCAUUCCAAAAACUUCAGUUCCUCGUGAGGGAUUGGAGUUACCCAUAUGAAGCAGACUAUGGAGAUGAGGGAGGAGAAAUAAUUUUGAAUAGAAUGUUCGAGGAAUCAGGUGACCCAACGAGUGCUCCUAAUUUAUUAAGGAAGCACUUGAAAUCAUGUUUUUUGGACAUGUGCUGUUUCUUGAUGCCUCAUCCAGGAACCACAGUGACAACAAAUCCAGAAUUUGAUGGAAAAUUAUCAGACAUUGGGACAGACUUCAAGAAACAGCUUCAAAAGUUGGUUCCAAUGAUGCUGGCCCCCGAAAACUUAGUUGUAAAAGAAAUUGGAGGUCAGAGAGUGACGGCGAAGGAGUUGCUGCAAUAUUUCAAAUCAUAUCUUGAAAUUUACAAGGGGGAUGAGCUACCUGAACCCAAAUCCAUUUUGGUUGCUACAGCUGAAGUUCACAAUCUGACAGCAGUAGCAGAAGCCACGGAAACUUACACAAUGUUGAUGGAGGGGGUAUGUGGUGGUGCCAAGCCACAUCUCAGCCGUGCCAAACUUAAAGCUGAACAUCGGAAAUGUAAAAAUGCAGCUUUAAUUGAGUUUCAAAAUAAACCCAAAAUAGGAGGAAUGAUUUUAGCUGAACCGUAUAAGAAGAAGUUAGAAGAGGAGCUGGAACGUCUGUAUGAACACUACAAAGAGAACAAUGAAAGUAAAAGCAUAUUCAAGGCUGUAAGAAGUCUGUUUUAUUCCUUAAAACAACUGUGAUAUUUUGCGUUUUAUCAGAGAUCUUUGGCAUUACUGGAAUGUAUUUUUUGGCAAUCUUCUGAUGGGUGUGGCAUUGCUGAGCUUUGGAGUAUGGGCAUAUAUCAAGUAUGUCAUUAGAUCUUCUUCUGGAACAAAACUGAUUUUAUUUGUCAAAAUGUUAACAGUACAAAGUAAUAGGAAACCAAAACACUCUUGACUGCAAGCACCACUACGACAACUUAAUUUUGUAAUUAUUUAAUUUGUUUAUUGUUUUUUGUUAAUUAUGGGGCAUCCAUACAGAUUCAGGAUGUUAAAUUUACUCUUAAGCAUUAAGUAUCUUUAGAUUCAGUAGGGCAUACAUGCUGUACGGUUUGUAAUGCGGAGAUAAAAAUUUCUUCAUUUACUAAUUAAAAUAACAAAGGUUUUAUUUGUUAAAAUGUUAUCAGUACAAAGUAAUAUUAAGCCAAACACUCUUGACUGCAAGCACCACUACAAAGAAUUAAUUUUUUAAUUAUUUAAUUCUUAAUCAUUAAUUGUUUUUUGAAUAAAAAUUUUCUUGGAUAUUA